AAGUUCAUCACUGAGGGAAGGCCAAGCAGACUGGGAAAGGCUGGGAGAGGAGGGUGUCCAGAAGGAGCUGCCUCUCAGUGCGCGCACAUCAUUACCAGGGAUGCUGGGGAAAGACUGGACCUCUGUGAGUCAGUCCUGGGAGAGGUUUCCCCCGCAUACUCAGGGUCUUGGUGCCUUUUUUUCCCUUCCAGGGAGAUGCGCCGUGUCUUGAUCCCCUUCUGUUGCCGCAUCGCAUUCCACCUGUUGAAGCCACUCAGCAAGGAGGAAACAGGCUGGGAUCUGCCUUUCCUGGCGUUCCUUGUGGAGGUGAGCCUGAAGGGCAGCGCUGCCUCUCUGAGCUGCCUCCCAGCUCUCUGCCCUCUCGUAGCCGCAGCUGCCUGGGACGGUGCCCGUGCCCUGUGCUGCUGCCUGGGCCCGGCCCUGUGUGGUUCUGGGCUCCUGCCAGCCGGGUCCCCUGUCACUGCCCUGUGCCUUUCAGGUCCUCGACUGCUUGGAUUUGACCAAAUGUGGUGACAGCGUCCUUGAGAUCUUGGAAUGUCACCUGCAGAGCGAGUGCAGGCAGAGGCGUCGCCUGGCGCUCAGAGGCCUCGUGGUGCUCAGCAAGGAUCCCUCGAUGGUGAGAAGGCAGCAGCAGCUGAAGCUGCACUGGGAAAAGCAGCCCCAUGGGCUGGCUGGGCUUCAGGAGCUGAGGCAGCUGCUCCCAGCUCUCCUGCCUCACCUGCCUGAGUGCUUCGGGACAGGCCUUUGGGCUCUGGGCCCUGUGGCAGCAGGGUGGGGUUGCAGUGCCAGGGUGGUGUGGGCGGUGCAGCUGUUCAUGGUUGUGUUCCACACAGGCAAUAAGAAUUUGCAGCCUGUCUCCAAGCCUUCUGGAUCUUCUGGGUGAUGCAGAUGGAGACAUGGUCAGCGUGUCCCUCCAUGUGUUCACCAAUCUGCUGCAGAACAAAGGCAUCUUGAUAUCGAGCACCACUGCCUCAAAGCUGGCUGAGGCACUCCUGGAGCUCUUUGACCACGACAACAGCCAUGUGCAGGUGCUCUCCCUUGAGCUCUUCUUCAAGGUGAUGGACUUGGUAGUGGACGAGGGAAAAAAGCCCCUGGAGAAGACUUUGAGCCACAGCCUGCUCCCGCUCUUCUUGCACUGCCAUGAUGAGAACCAACACGUGGCAAAGGCCUCUCGGGAAACGCUGCUUCGAGUGACCGAGUUCCUGAAGAGGAGGAAGCUCAAGCAGCUGGUGAAGAAGGAGCAGCUGUCAAAGUUCGCCAAAUGCCUGCUGGCAGAGGACAGGAGCCGAGCGGCCGAGCACCUGCGCCGGGCCCUGCCGUACCUGCAGAACCCACAGGAGCCCCUGCGAGCGGCGGCCAUCAGGUUCAUGGAGAUGGCCGGGGAGCCCGCGAUGGCGCAGAAGGAAGAGCUGCAGGCCCGCAGUGAGGGCCUUCAAGCCCCAAGGAACAGUGCCAGCUCUUUCUCUUUGGAUAUUGAAAAUCGUACCCAGUUAGCCCUAAAGGCUCUAGAAGUAGGGUUAUCAUCUGGAUCCACUGAAUCACUGUCCCAAGAACAACACCUGUAGUCCCACAUCCCAGUGCUGCUAGAGCUCCAGGCACAGCUGAUGAUUGACACAGCUGAGCCUGUGGGAAGCUCUCAGGGCUUCAACCCUCUCUUUUCCUGUAGAUAGUUCCCUCCCUCUAGCCUUCAGAGACUGUCCAUCCCCUUUUUACCCAUCACUCUCCAUCCCUUUUGACAGUUCCAUCUCAGGAGCCCUCAGACCAUGCCCAUCCCCAUUUUUCCAUCCCACAUCACCCAUUUUUUUGCCUUGCAUUAAUAAACAGUUUGGCUUCUUCA